CAGCACAGUGUCGUUAUAAUGACGUCAAUUAUUGGACAUUAUUAGUCGGCGACGUCGUAGACCAAUAAGCGACGUCCAUAUGACGUGACAUUUCAGAUGUCAUUUUGACGUCGUCUAGAGACGUCUUUCGUACGUUUGUUUUCGGUCGUUUUAAGUGCUUUUUAAUCAACUAUAAAAAAAAUUAGAACGAAAGUUUAUUACAAAAACUAAGCCCUAUACGUGCUUUAUAAAAAAUUGUACAUUUUAAAUUGUUGUUUACCUAAAAUUUGGAUAUAAAUAUAAAUUCAUUAAUUAGCAAUGAAAAUACUAAACUGACGUUUUAAGUGGAAAUGCAAUUUGAAUUUAAAGAUGAAGUGAGAAUGUUGUAAUUAACAAUUAUUUAACUAUUUUAUUAGUAGGAAACAAUUAUUUUUAGCAUCGAUUCCUGUCGAGGCUGUCGACCAAGAUUUAAUUUUGGCGCGUUUUUAAUCGAAAUGCCACGAUACGAUACGAGACGUGCAGGCGCAUGCGUGCUGGACUGCUGGUGUGAACGCGUGUGCGCGUAAUGGCGGACGGCAGCAAAAAGUUGUUUGGCGUAUGUAAUCACUUUAUUGAAGACCAUUAGAGAACAGAACAAUCAAAUUUUGCAGUGGAUCCGAAAACAAGAUCGCAGUGGCAAUCACGCCAGUAAUACAGAUUUACCAGAUGAUAUAGGCGUACAGUUUCCUUUGAAUUCUCAAGAGGAUAUUACCAAAUUGGAAACAUACCUGAGUGAAAAAAAUAAUUGCCUGGCUUUGGUGGGUGUUCUGUACCACUUAAUAUGUAUUUUACAAUUUAAAUUAUGUGAUUCCAGUCGGCAUAUCUAUCGACUUUUGGAGGGAGAGAUUUUACUGGACAUACAAACCGGAUUUUAAAUUUUUUGUUCACUUAUUCUCUUGCAACUAAUUGGAAUUUUUGUGGCAAACGAGGUGAGAAAAAGGCUUUUAAAAACUUAAACGUAAAGGAUGUGAUUAUUGGUGCUGUAAGAAAAAGCUCCCCUCUAGUCAGUCAGAAAGAAAUAGAAGAUACCAUCAAGGUGUGGUUGAAACAUGCACCAGAGAAAUUGAAAAAGUAGCAGCAUGGCAACCCGUAAGAAAAAAAGUGUUGUUAGUCAAAGACAACUCUACAGAAGGGUGGCAGAAGCAAAUUUAGCACCUGUGAGUCAGAAUUGUUAUAAUACAUCUUUAAUAGUUAAUAAUGAUUCCAAUGAAUCAUCAAAUUCCGUUUUUUUUGCUGAUUCAAUGUGUGAAAGUGAAAAUGACACCUGUUCCUCAAGAGAUUUAGAUUUUAAUGUAAACUCGCCUAAUGAAAAUUUGCUCUUCAAUGAUGCGACGUUAUACAACCAUUUGACUUCCUAUUCCAGUAACGUGCCCCCUAACGAUUUAUUUCCUAAUGAACCGCCGCCUAGCGAUUUGCAUUCGAAAUUGUCAAACUGGGCAGCUUCAAGGUACGUUCGACGUACAGUAGUUACUCAUCUUUUGCAUAUCUUGCAUCCAUACCAUAAUGAGUUACCGUUAGACAGUCGAACGCUGCUGAAAACGCCCAGAGAAACGAAAACAAAAUCGUUGUUAAAUGGCGAAUAUUGUCAUUUUGGACUUGUUAACGCUUUAAAAUUAAAGUUAUUGUCAGUGCCUAAUAUUUCUCAGUACAGCAUUAUCAACAUUUCAUUUAAUGUAGAUGGACUGCCCAUUUAUAGAAAUGGUCAGAAACAUGAUCUCUGGCCCAUUUUAGCACUUGUAAAAAAUUUUAAGAGUGAGCCGUUUGUUGUUGGUUCUUUUUUAGGAAGUGGCAAACCAAAUUUAUUGUCAGCAUUUUUAGAAGAUUUUUUAAUUGAGUUAUCGAACUUACUUACCACGGGCAUUGAAAUUAAUAAUAAUAUCCAUGAAGUAAAAUUUCACAGCUUUGUUUGCGAUGCUCCUGCGCGCGCAUAUCUGAAAUGUGUGAAGACCCAUUCAGGGUAUAGUUCCUGUGAAGGUGCGACAACUCUGGAGAACACUUGGGACGUGUCAUUUUCAAAAAUUUACCUUUUAACAAGAGAGACAACGAAUCUUUUUGGACUAAAAUUGAUGUAUCUCAUCAUCAUGGAGAAUCUCCUCUAAUAGCUCUUCCUAUAGAUUUGAUCUAUGUCUUUUCUUUAGACUAUAUGCACCUAGUUUGUCUAGGUGUAAUGAAAAAACUUUUGCGUAUUUGGACAGGACGCGCAAGCCGAGCCAAAAUGAGCUCUACUGCAUUUCAAAAUGUAUCUGAAAAAAUUGUUUUUCUCAGUAAAUGUAUUCCAGUAGAAUUCAAUCGGAAAGGGCGCAGUUUGUCUCAGUUGGCAGAUUGGAAAGCAACGGAAUUUCGAACAUUUUUACUGUAUAUUGGGCCAGUUGCUUUGUAUGGGAAUGUCGAUUUGGCAAUAUAUGAGCAUUUUUUGCUAUUUCAUUGUUCAAUUAUGAUACUUAUUUCUAAACGCCAUAUUGAAAAAUUCGGAGUUCCAUUUGCGCGCCAACUUUUGCAUUUAUUCGUAACGCACAGUAAAAAGAUCUACGGAUUAGAGUUCUUAGUUUACAAUGUACAUUUCUUAUUACAUUUGGCAGAUGACGUUGAAAAUUUCGGGCCACUAGACAAUUCGUCAGCAUUUCCAUUUGAAAAUUAUCUCCACCAUUUAAAAUCGUUAGUUCAGUCUCCGAAUAAACCGUUACAACAGAUUAAUAGACGCUUAAAAGAAAUUGAAAUGACAGUGUACGAAAAACAUGACUCUACUUCACCUGAUGAUGAACACUUCUGUAAAUGUGAAAUGUCCCAUUUCUUAGGACCAACGCCAAAUUUCUCUUGCAAGCAGUAUAAAAAGCUUCAUUAUAAAGAUUUUAUUUUUUCUAUUGCAUCAUAUUCAGAAGCAAAUUGUUUUUGUCUUACCUUAGAAGGACUGGUUUUCAAAAUAGAAAAUAUAGUAGUGGAUAAUAAUGGAGCAGUUUUUAUAUUAGGUAGGAGGUUUCAGGAUUACCGUUCAUUUUACAAAUACCCUGUCGACUCAAAAGAAUUCUAUGUUUAUCGCAUCCAAAAUUUAUCAGAGUAUAUCGAGUUAUUGCACUGCCACAAAGUUUUUUCGAAAUGUAUUGUUUUUCCUUUCAAGCAGGAAUGGUUGUCAUUUUCAUUAUUGCAUCAUUAGUAAUUCCUUAUUUCAACUUUUAUGUUCUAUAAGUGUAAUAGUAUGUAGUUUUUUAAGAUUUUGUAAUAAACUGGUAUUAAUUUGAA